AUGGCUAUAUACUUAUUCUUACUGGCUAAUUAUAUUUUUUCUUGCAGAGGUCUUUACCCACGGUCAUGGACAUGCUACAACAUACGACAUCUCGGCUUAACUGUGGUGAUUCGACAAGUUUCACCAGUGAUACCCAACAAUUACGAAGACUCCAGUCUCCCAGUCUGCUGCUUUGUCGUCGACGUCCAAAAUGAAAGUGAUUUUAAUCUGGAAGUUUCUGUUGCUUUCACAUUCCGGAAUGGAACGGGUAAUCGCCGAUGGGAAAAUGAAUGUCAAUGUACUCCCGCGAGGUUCACGGAUGGGAACGUGACUGGCGUGACAUUAGCGCAUACUAUCUCACAGCUAGCAUGUACUUAUGGGGUUGCGACGACGUCAUAU